CGAGCUUGAUUUCAAAAAGUAAGUCUCCCAUUCACCCUCACUCGCACCUUCGGGGCUUCCGAGAUCGCUCCCGCCCUCCAUUCCAUUCGCGUCAAGCACCAACCAUGUCGCAAUCCAAGAGGCACGUACCGACCGACGACGAGCUUCGGCCACCGGUGUACGAAGAAGGCUCCAACGUGGGGCCCAACAUCUCCCAAGCCCUCGAGCUCGAAGACCUGGACCGGGACCUGUACCGGAGCCGGCAAGGGAGCCUGUGGCUGCCCGCCAAUGCCAGGGGCGUCUUUGGCGGCCAGGUCAUCGGUCAGGCGCUCACGGCGGCCAACCGAACGGUUCGAGACAAUGUUCGAGUUCAUUCGCUACACAGCUACUUUCUCCUCUCUGGCGACGUCACCGUUCCCAUCUACUACUUUGUGACGCGGCUCCGAGAUGGCGGCUCGUACGUGACCCGUCUCGUCGAGGCCAAGCAGAAGGGUCGCUGCAUCUUUACCAUGACGGUGUCGUACCAAGUGCCCGAGCCAUACCGACCACGCUUUGCAAUCGCCCUGCCCCGAUCCGCCGGAUCGAGCGACAAGGUUGAGCAACCCAUGAGCCUGUCCACGCUCAAGGCGUCCGAAGAGGUGAGCCUGCCCUCUCGCUUCAGCAGGGAGAGGGCAGAGGGGAACAUUGUCGAGGGUCUGCCGUCGUACGAGGAUGCGCCGCUCAACGAGGAGCGCUACUUGCGGCUUCUCGAGGAGAUGAAGGACCAUCUGCCCGAGGGCAUCAAGACAAGACUCAAGACAUGGAUCAAGGACCGGCAGGACAGUGCCAUCGAGAUUCGUGAUGCGCUGCCCAACAUGUACGACGAAAACGGCCUGCCGAUGCCUGGGUACGAGCAGGCAUUCUGGAUGAGGACGAGGCUGCCGGUCCAGGGCGGCGAGGAUGCACAAAAGGCCGCGCUGGCCUAUGCAAGCGACCUGCAAUUCCUGGGCACCGUCACAAAAGCCCUGGGCAACAGCCGGAGGAUAAAGAUGAUGGCCACGCUCGACCACAGCAUCUGGUUCUACGAGCCAUUUGACUUCCACGAGCCUAUGCUCUUCUUUAUGCAAGCUCAGGCCGCCUCGAACGGGCGGGGUCUCGUCUUUGGCAGGUUCUACAAGAGGGACGGCACUCUCGUGGCGGUCCUCUCCCAGGAGGGUCUCGUGCGUGGCAAGAACGAGGGCGAGCCGGCAAGGGCAAGCAGCAGCAGUAAAGGCAAGGACGAGGGCGACAGCAGUAGCAGCAGCAAGGCGAAACUUUGACGAGUCGAUGGAAUUGACAUUUCUUUGCUUCGGUGACAUUUGGAUGCUUGCUCUUCUGGGGUUUUAUGAACCUGUUGUGUGGGAUGGGGCCUUGGCUAAAUCUACAGGAGAUGUGGCUGGUGUCUUUCGCGAAAAGAAUCAAAGGCAGUGGAC